CCUCAAAAGCCAAAAAACGCCAUAUCUUCUCAGAUCUUGACGCUAAGAUUGAAAAAUUCUCUGAGAUUGGCAAUCAAAAUGAGUGCACUGCGCAUCCACCGAAGAAACGUGCUCGUGGCUGUCAUUGUUGUGUUCUCGCUGACGCUAGCUGGCGUUGCGCUCUACCGCUCCAAGCCGCUCCAGCUAGAGGACCAGCAGGACGAGCAGCGAGGAUGGGCCGCCGUCGCGAACACUCUCCUCAACAAGCGCCGUCAGAAUAGUGACGAUACCACCAAUGGGAAUAGUAAUCGGAACAGCGACGACGACGACGGGAAGGAGGACGCGUCGAUCAUGGCGCCGAUGGGCAACCAGACACUGCGAGCCGAGCUUGGCCGCGCUGGCUGGACAACCCUCCACGUUAUGGCUGCGCGAUUCCCAGAGGAGCCCUCCCAGGACGAGCAAGACGCGUUCGUGGCGUACAUUCACUUGUUUGGCAUGCUCUAUCCGUGCGGCGAUUGCGCGCGCGAGUUCCGAAAACUCGUGCAGGCCCAUCCACCAAGUGUCGGGUCGCGCGACCAAGCCAUGCAGUGGUUUUGUGAGAUUCACAACCACGUCAACGUCAGGCUCAACAAGCCAAUAUUCCCAUGCGAGAAAGUGCGAGACCGCUGGCAAUGCGGAUGCGUCGAUGAGGUUUAAACAAUUGAAGUUACUUCUUGGUUGAUAAAAAAACAAAACAGGAAUUUGUUAAG